AUGAUACCACAGCAACGCUGCAGACCAGCUCGCAGGCACGAGUGCUACACGUUUGUGCAAGUCUUACAGUCAGCCGAGCGUCAAACACUUGACCUUGGCCAACCAGACCAGACGCAGGUCAAAAAUUGCAGAUCGCUGCCGGUGUUGGUGUCGGUCAUCCCGAGCUUUCAUUCUACAACUUGCCUCGCGCACAACAAGCCCCUACCACUACAUCCACCACCUCCGCAAGAUGAAGACCGGAGCUUUCGUCGCUGCUGCCGCCACGGCCCUCGCUGCUAUCACCGCCCCGAGUGCUCCACGCUCACCCGCGUCGUGACGUUCCUGCCGCUGUUGACCGAUGCCAACACCUGCGCGUCCAACACGGGCUACUCGCUCUACCCGUUCACUGGACUCCCGACGGCCGAAGAGAUCACUCUCAUCUGCGCCGAUACCACGUGCACCAAGGUGCUGUCGGAGGCCGCCGCGCUCGAUCUUCCGGACUGCACUGUGACGUACAACGCGGUCGCUUACAACGUCAAGGACCAGAUCACGCUCUACGCGACCGCCUGCGGUGCGGCUCGGAAGUGA